ACAGCUGUCAUUAGACGUAAACAACGGCCCAAACACGUGCGAGCCGCCCGCAUUGUACAGUUGGGGUAUAGUAAAAAUUUGACCUGUUUGUGUAGUUAAUUAAGCUGUAAAAUGGUCGCCAACAAAGAAAAGACAACAAAACGCAAAGCUUCCGAUGCUGAAGCAACCGCAGAACAGAUUGUCUCUAAACAAGAACCAGAAGAAUCGAACCAGGAAAGUUCUGAGGCGAGCGACUACGAAUCGGAUGAGGAAAACCUUCUCGGCAGUAUCAAUAAUGAUGGUGAGGAUAGCAGCGAUUCGGAACGUGAAUAUGCCUCGGACGACGAUGAUGAGGAGGAGUUAAGCUUCGAAAGUCUUGAUUCGGAUUUGGAUGAUGAUGCCGAAGAAAAUGAGGGUGCCACGCUGAAAGAAAUCGAAAAUGAUGGCGAUGGAGAAUCCGGCGCCGAGGAUGACGAGGAUGAAGAAGAAGCUGAUUCGGCUGAUGACGUGAACAGCGAUAGUUCGCCGGAAGAAGAUGAGGGAGAACUGGCGGAUAGCAGCGAUGAAGAUGUUGUUGAGGAGGAAGUGAAAACAGUGAAAGAGAAAACAAAACAAGCCAAACCAGAUCAGAAAAAGAAACCUGUACAGAAGGAAUCGGACGAUGAGGAACACGACGACGAUGAGCUGAAGCUCGGCCGAAUUGAAGAUGUGCUCGGUACGGGAGUGAAGAAAACACGCGGCUUAAACGUGUUUCCUUCGUUGCCCAAGGUGCAAGGAAAGCAGAAGGACGAGUACGCCGGUGAAGACACAUCGGAUGAGGAAGAUAUUCGGAACACGGUCGGCAACAUUCCGAUGCACUGGUACGACGAGUACAAGCACAUCGGGUACGAUUGGGAUGCGAAGAAGAUCAUCAAGGCGAAGAAGGGUGAUGCGAUUGACGAGUUUCUGCAGCGCAUGGAGGAUCCGAACUUCUGGCGCACGGUCACCGAUCCACAAACGGGCCAGAGGGUGGUCCUGUCCGAUGCCGAUGUCGCGCUGAUCAAGCGCAUCAUGGCGGGACGCAACCCGGACGCAGAGUACGACGAUUACGAACCGUUCAUCGAGUGGUUCACGUCGGAGGUGGAAAAGAUGCCCAUACGCAACAUUCCGGACAGCAAGCGUUCGUUCCUGCCGAGCAAAGUGGAAAAGCAAAAGAUUGGCAAGUACGUGCACGCGCUGAAGAUGGGCUGGAUGAAAACGUUCGCGGAAAAGCGCCGCCUGGAAGCGAUCCGCCGUGCACCCAAGUUCUAUAUGCUGUGGGAGACGGACCACGGGACGGAGGAGAUGCGCCGCAUCCACGAUCACGUGGUCGCCCCGAAACGGCCACUGCCGGGUCAUGCCGAAUCGUACAACCCACCGCCGGAGUAUCUGUUCGACGAGAAGGAGCUGGACCAGUGGAAAAAGCUCGCCAAGGAACCGUGGAAGCGGAAGCGUCCAUUCGUGCCGAAGAAGUACAACAGCUUGCGAGAAGUGCCGGGCUAUGAGCGAUUUAUUAAGGAACGGUUUCUGCGCUGUCUGGAUCUGUACCUGUGUCCGCGUGGGAAACGUUCGCGCAUUGUCGUUGGUCCGGAAUAUUUAAUACCGAAGUUACCAUCGCCGCGCGAUUUGCAACCAUUCCCGACGCUGCAGAAUUUGAUUUACAAGGGCCACACGAACAUGAUCCGUUGCAUUAGUGUGGAACCGAAGGGUGAAUACCUGGUGACCGGAUCGGACGAUAUGACGGUUAAAAUUUGGGAAAUUUCAACCGCACGUUGUAUUCGCACGAUACCAACCGGUGCCAUUGUGCGCUCGGUAGCCUGGUGUCCCAACAGCAAGAUAUCGCUGGUGGCCGUGGCCAGCGGGAAACGCGUACUGCUCAUCAAUCCAAAGGUUGGCGAUUACAUGCUGGUGAAGAAAACGGACGACCUGCUGGCGGAAGCACCCCGGUCCGAUACGGUAGAUAACGAACGUAUCCAGACAGCAGUCCAGUGGGGUGAGGUAACGGAGGAGGAAAACAAAUUGGGCGUACGGAUCGUUAUCACACACUUCCGGGAGGUGCGCCAGGUGACCUGGCAUGGGCGGGGUGAUUACUUUGCAACGGUCAUGCCGGAUGCGGCCUAUCGCUCCGUCAUGAUCCAUCAGCUGUCGAAGCGUCGAUCGCAGCUUCCAUUCUCGAAGAGCAAGGGUUUGGUGCAGUGCGUACUGUUCCAUCCAGUUAAACCGUGUCUUUUUGUGGCGACCCAGCGCCAUGUGCGUGUGUACGAUCUCGUGAAACAGAUGAUGCUGAAGAAACUGUACCCGGGAUGUAAAUGGAUCUCCAGCAUGGCCAUCCAUCCGAAGGGUGACAAUCUGCUGGUGGGUACGUACGAGAAGCGACUGAUCUGGUUCGAUCUCGAUCUGUCUACCAAGCCGUACCAGCAGCUACGAAUUCACAAUGCCGCCAUUCGCAGCGUUGCGUUCCAUCUGCGCUAUCCCCUGUUUGCAUCCGCCGGUGAUGAUCGUAGUGUGAUCGUGUCUCACGGCAUGGUUUACAAUGAUUUGCUGCAAAACCCACUGAUUGUGCCCCUGAGGCGGUUGAAAAAUCAUGAAGUUGUGAAUGACUUUUCCGUGCUCGAUACUGUGUUUCAUCCAACGCAACCGUGGAUUUUCUCUUCCGGAGCAGAUAAUACGGUACGUUUGUACACCUAAAAGCCGAGCCAGGGGUGGUGAUCUGGCGAUUGUGACUAUUGCGAGCAGGUUCUAUUUCCCAUCUCCCGUUUUGCGAAAGGUGUUGAUCGACUCUAAGUAUUUUCUGAUAGCAUACUGAGUUUGUUUAUAUAUCUUCAAUAAAAACGAAAAAUUUACAUAAUACA